GAUGUUGGUAUAAACAUCAAGGCUGUUCGUAUAUACGCACAGCAGUUAUUCUUAUCGUUAUCCCUUCUGUCAAAAUGCAAUAUACUUCACGCUGAUAUCAAACCUGACAAUAUAUUGGUGAGUGAAUCAAAAAAUACGCUCAAAAUGUGUGAUCUUGGUUCAGCUUCCGAUGCGUCAGAAAAUGAUAUUACGCCUUACCUUGUUAGUAGGUUUUAUAGGGCUCCCGAAAUCAUUAUCGGGCUACCUUAUGACUGUGCAUUGGACAUGUGGUCGGUUGGUUGUACUCUAUACGAACUUUACACUGGUAAAAUUCUCUUUCCAGGGCGAAGUAACAACCAAAUGCUGAAACUCAUGAUGGAACUGAAAGGAAAAUUUCCGAAUAAGAGUCUUCGUAAGGGACAAUUCACAAAACAACAUUUUGACGAUGAUUAUAAUUUCUUGUAUCGAGAAACAGAUCGGAUUAGUAAUAAGGAGGUUGUAAAGACCACCGUAAUUACAAAACCAACUCGCGAUUUAAAAACACGCCUUCUCUCUAAAACGUCACAUAUGACCGAUGAAGAGUUACGUUUACUGACGGCUUUCGUCGAUUUGUUAGAUAAGUGUUUAAAUUUGAACCCUGAAAAACGGCUAACAGUGAAAGAGGCACUGAUGCAUCCGUUUGUGACUGGUAAACUGUAA